UAUUAUAAUUUUUAUUUUACUCAUUUAACACUGAUUUAUAUUCUCUUAUACAAUGCAUAUUGGAACGAUGGAAUCGGCAAUCUAUACGGAAAACAAUCACUAGAAAAUAUACUAGAUGAAACAAAAAGUAAAAAUAUUGUGCAUAUUGAUAUAGAAUUAAAGCUAUUGAGAAGACUUGUUACCGCCAGUUCUCCGUUGCUUUCUAAAGAAUAUGCAAUCAUGUACCUUAGAUUCGAAGCUGAAUGUGUUCAUUGGUAUACAAAUAUGAAAGAAGGAAUUGACCAUUCUACAACUAAUUUCAACGCAUUACAGCGAUACAUAAAAGGAGAAUUGCCUGUAUCUGCUCGACCGUGGAUAACAUACAACCAUUUACUAAUUCCAUCAGCAUAUCCAGGCAACACUUGGUUUCUUUUUCUUGUUGAUUUUCAAAAGUGGAAAUUUCAUAUAUAUGAUUGUAGUCACACCAUUCAUACAUCGGAAGAAAUCAAAGCACGUGCAGAACCGGUAAUGACUAUAGUCGAAUCAUUAUUAAUCGCGGCAGUCAUUUUCUCCAUCAAACCAAGUUUGAGAAAACAUAGAAAUAAACAUAUGAAAUUGAAAAUCAUACCGUAUCUACCUUGUCAAAAGAAUGGGCCAAAUUCUGGAGUUUUCUUCUCAAAUACAUAGAAUGCUUCAUUUUCGGAUAUCCAUUAGAAGCAGUUUCACCAAAGAAGAUAAUUUUGUACAAACAAAAAAUUGCAACAGAUAUCUGUUAAAAUGAAUAUUUUCUACGUCCCUGUUUAGCCUAAUUCUAACAAAAAGAUUCUUAAAAUACAGUAAGACCCCUUUUUCAAAAUUAAAUGCAUACUCUUAUAUUUAUAACUUUAAAAUUGUUUAUUUUAAAUAUUUUUGUACAUGAGAAUAAAUGUAGGUUGUUCGAUAGCAAAUACAACACCACUUAACACACAAGGUUUCAAAGUGUCGGACUAAAGGCACAAAUUAUGGUAUUUUGAGUAAUUAUCCUCUCUCACACUCUUUUUGGAUGCACUAAAUUUUUAGUUCAAAAUUAUAGAAAGUUUGUUAAUAUCACCAUACUUAUUUUUGCAGAACCAUACUAUAAAAGUAAUCAACUACCAAA